ACUUUUGAGACACUCACAUUUCCUGCAUCUCUACAUCUCACACAUCAAAAACUAUAAGCGAUCCGCUUCAGCCAUGGUGAGCUUCUGUCCUAUCUGUGGGAAGCCUGUUUAUUUUGGCGAGAAGAAAAGGUCAUUGGGACGGGAUUAUCAUCCAUUGUGUUUGAAAUGCCACAAAUGUAAAAGACAGCUAACAGCUGGCCAGCAUGCAGAGCAUGAUGAGAAGCCAUACUGCUCUAACUGCUACAUGAGAGAUUUUGGACCCAGAGGUAACCGAAAACCUGUUGCUCGGACGUUUAACACACCUGCUGAAUAAGAGAUGCUCUGCCAUCUUGAAAAACACACCAGACCAUCUACAAUCAACAACAUGGCUAGACCAUCCAGAUUUACCAACAACACACCUGCAGCAUCUAUUUUUCAUUGCCACACAAGGCAAAAUAAUUAUAUAUUGCCUAUUUAAUCUAGCCACAGUUUGAACUCGCCACCCUAAUUUUUACAUAUUCAGAAACUCCCAAAGUCAUCCGAAGUGGCAAUCUCUUAGGGAACUGAGCUUAUUUUAUGAGAUGAUUCCAGAGCUGAAACCACCAUAGACAUUAGGGAAACAUCCCUCCAAAUAUUCAGAAUAAUAGUCGAUUUAUAUGUUUUUUGAUUGACUUAUUUUUUUACAUUUGGUCUCCCUCUUUUGGUCUCCUCUAUUCUUCUCUUGUGAUUAAUUUAAAGUUGUAGAAAUUUGGGUGCCUGGGUAGCUCAGCGAGUAAAGACGUUGACAACCACCCCUGGAGUCGCAAGUUUGAAUACAGGGUGUGCUGAGUGACUCCAGCCAGGACUCCAAAGCAACCAAAUUGUCCCAGUCACUAGGGAGGGUAGAGUCACAUGGGGUAACCUCCUCAUGGUCGCUAUAAUGUGUGGUUCUCGCUCUCAUUGAGGCGUGUGGUGAGUUGUGUGUGGAUGCCGUGGAGAAUAGCAUGAAGCAUCCUCACGCGCUAUGUCUACGCGAUAACGCGUUCAACAAGUCAUGUGAUAAGAUGUGCGGAUUGGCAGUCUCAGACACAGAGGCAACUGAGAUUCAUCCUCCGUCAGCUGGAGUGAAGCGAGUCACUACGCCACCACAAGGACUUUAGAGCGCAUUGGGAAUUGGGCAUUCCAAAUUGGGGAGCAAAGGGGAGGGGAAAAAACAAACAAACAAACAAAAAAGUUGUAGCACUUAAAUAGUUAAUGUAUGUUAUUGUUGUUGAAUCAAAUUGUAUCUUCCCGGUUGUAUCUUUUUCUAGGUGUUAAGAAUGGGGAUGUGAAAAUGUCAGACCAUAGAAUAAAAUGAAUUUUGGUAUGAAUGUGUAGGCAGGUGGUUCUUAGAUACCAUUAUAUAUUUUUGAUUUAGAAAAAUAACAUCAAGAAUAUGUAUACAUAAAUGAAUUGAUUUACUUGAAACACAAUGUAAUUUUGUGCGCUAUCAUUGUUCAUUGGGAUUUUGAGGAUCAGACACUGUACAACAAAGGGUUAUUUUCACAAGGAAGCAAACGUAUCUACAAAGCAAAAAUGACAAUAAUGAAUCAUUGUGUCUUUUUAAUUAGGAGCAGAGGCUUGCUUCCCAAACCACUCGCUGCAUAAGUGAUGGCUGUAUUAUUUUUGUACAUUCAGGAAUAAUGUUUAUUUAAUUUUAAGAUUUUAUUUGUUUUAUUUUUCCAUUAGUUCAUUGAAAAGCUUCACUCAUUUAAUUUAGAGCUGCCAGCUAUCAUACUGUCAAAUCACUGAAUCAAAACAGUCUUUUAUCCUUAAGUCCAUAAAA